CAGAGCGUCUUCUUCUACAAAGGUAGAGCCUGCUGACAGCAGUGUCGGAACUACGGCUCCCGUGAGUCGGUUGAAUGCGCCAGGGAAGCCGCAGGGAAUUCUUUUGACGCCGGAUGAUACAUCAAGCAUGCCUAUUCCACACAAUUCCCUACGCAAUUCUCCUGUCGCUUCGUCAGCCAAUGUGGUCCUGUCUUCGAGCACCCCGGUGGACUCAGUGAUUGCCUCAGUACAAUUCAUAGAGGAGGACGAAGUCGUACAUCCCGCUCCUGGCGGCGAUUUCGGGGGUGGUGGUGGCAGGCACAAAGGGAGUUUGACCAACAACCAAGUCCGACCAGCGGAUCCAAGCGAGCAACAUUGUAGUCCACCUUCGGCCUUCAGCAAGAGUCCGGUGGAGGAG